UUCACUCCUGUUGUCAAAAUCUUUCAGCAUCAUUAGAAACGUUUGAAUUUAGUUUUUAGUAUCUGUUUACUAGCAGUUUUCUGGUUAAAUUUCACCUAUUUUCUAGUGUGUGGCUAGAAGUCAUUUAGCAAUAAUGUGGGACGAACCGGAACACAAGACAACCGCAUUUGUGUGGCAGAAGAAACUCGAAAAGCAAGGUUUAAAAGACCUAUCUCGCAAAGAGCUGGAAGCGCUGAACCGCAAGAAGCAGCAGGAAAAUGUAAUCGAAUUGGAGAAAUUGAAAAAGCGACGCCAGGAACGGGAGCACCAGCAACAGCAGCGGGAGGAUGAUUUGUACUUGAUGCAACGUUCGAAAGAAGCUGCCCAGUUUGAUGAGUGGCAACGCCAGGAAGAAACUUUUCAUCUGGAACAAGCGAAACUGAGAAGUAAGAUUCGUAUUCAGGAUGGUCGGGCGAAACCGAUUGAUUUACUUGCCCAGUACAUAUCCGAGCAGAAUCUGGAGGAGUCAAUUGAAAUGCAGAUGCACGAACCGUACACGUAUCUAAACGGUUUAGGUUUAGACGAUUUGGAGGAUUUGCUGGCGGAUAUUAAAGUGUACAAUGAUCUGGAGAAGAGUCAAAAUGCGGAUUACUGGUGCGAUUUGACUAUCAUCGUGGAAGAUGAGCUGCAGAAGUUGCGUAAGGUUGAAGCAGAAAAGCAGCGAAUGGCUACCGGGCGACGGGAGGGUAUUCACCAAAGUGUAGCAAAAGAUGUUACGCAAAUUUUCAAAGGAAAGAGUUCGUCGCAGUUGGAGGAAUUGAAGAAGAAAAUCGAGGACAAAAUAAAUAGCCAACAGGACGGUUUGGAUAUAGGUUACUGGGAAAGUUUACUAUCGCAGCUGAAAGCUCACAUGGCUAGAGCAAGAUUGAGAGAUCGGCACCAGGAUAAUUUGAAAACGAAGCUGGAAAUGCUGAAAAAAGAGCAAGAGUUAAAUAUCAAAAAGGAAGAAGAUUUUGACUCUGAGGCUGGACCAAGUAGAGCUUGUCCGACGGAAUCGAGAAAUGAGGAGGCAUUAGAUGAAGGUUCCCAAGAUAGUAGUAGUCAAUCUGGAAGCGAUCAAGUUAAGGAUGAGGAAAACAUGGAAAACGAUCUUCUGAACGAAUGUUUUGAGCUUUAUAAAAAAGGAGGUUACGAACCGAAGUACAUUUCAGAAAAAGAUCUAGAAUCAGGUAUUGAAAUCAUUACGGAGGAAAAGGACGAAGAUGACUUAGAUCUUUUACGACAAAAAGUCCUUGGGAUCAAUCAAGACGAUGACACAUUCUCCAAAGACGAAAUAGCUUUGCGAAAGGAGGCAAAACGUGGUAUGAACGAUGACGAAGCGGAAUUUUCUGUUGAAUCCCGAGUUGAUAACCAAAUUUAUCUCUGGUCGGAUAAAUACCGCCCUAGGAAGCCACGUUACUUCAAUCGGGUUCACACGGGUUUCGAGUGGAAUAAAUACAAUCAAACUCACUACGACAUGGACAACCCUCCGCCGAAAAUAGUUCAAGGCUACAAGUUCAACAUUUUCUAUCCGGAUUUGAUCAAUAAAAAUACCACACCGCAGUACUUCUUAACACCGUGUUCGGAUAAUCCGGACUUUGCAACGUUGCGCUUUCAUGCUGGGCCUCCGUACGAGGAUAUCGCAUUCAAAAUCGUAAACCGAGAGUGGGAGUUCAGCUACAAACGAGGGUUCCGGUGUCAGUUCCACAACAAUAUUUUUCAACUUUGGUUCCAUUUCAAACGUUACCGAUAUAGACGAUAAAAAUGUUUUUCAACAGUGGUUAGGUUUACGAUUACGAAGUUCAAAUAUUAUUUUACACAAA